UUCGUACUCUCUCUCUCUCUCUCUCUCUCUCUCUCUCUCUCUCUGAGGAAGUCGCGAGUCGAAAAUGGCGAGAUUGGCGGUGGUGAUGUUAAUGGCUCUCUGUGUUUUGCCGGCGUUGGCAAUGGCGGCGAGGUUGCCGAAGGUUAAUAGGAACACCAUGGUGGUGGAAGGCCGCACCUACUGUGAUCCUUGCCGCGCCGGUUUCGAGACUUCUGCUUCCUACUUCAUUCCUGGAGCCACUGUGAAACUCGAAUGCAAGGACAGGAAAACCAUGGAGGUAAUGUACACCGAUGAAGCCACGACCGAUAACAAUGGAUGCUACAAGUUCUUUGUCCACGACGAUCACAAGGACGAGAUGUGUGAUGUUAAGCUCGUGAAGAGUCCAGACACUAACUGUCCGAGGAUCUCUCCUGGUCGUGAGCAAUCCCGUGUGAUCCUUAACCAUUACAAUGGCAUUGCCUCUCAGACCCGUUACGCUAACAACAUGGGUUUCGAGAAGGAAGAGCCCGAUGUCUUCUGUGCCGAGCUUCUCAAGCAAUACCAGGAGUUUGAUGAGGAGAACUAAAUCAAAAUCUGUUAUGGUAAAUCAUAUUUGAUUAUGUUUUAAGAUUGAUUUCAAAGCUUUUGGGUUAUAUAAUGUAGUUUUCCAUUAGUUUGGCUGGUAAAUUGAGAAGAGAGCUUUGUUACAGAUCUGUCUUCUCCUCUUAUGUAAGAUGAUGUUUCAUGGCUGUCGCUUCUUUGCUCGUGAAGUGCCUUUGCCCUUUACACGCAUGUUUUCUUUUUGUUGUGUUGUGGAUUGAGGUUAGAAAAUCA